AUGCCGGAGGCGAAGCUGAUCGGGGACAACAUCGUCGGCAGUCUUUGGUUUUCGAGCAGCGAUCGGGAGAGGAGAUUCCUCGCCGAAGCCGGCUCCUCCUUCGGCUUUCCCCUUAUGGAGAAGCGUCUGAUGUCCACCGGAGUGAGCCAAAUUCUUCAAGACGUCGAAGGCCUCUCCUUAAAGGCCUUCGUCGCUUCGCGCUACGCCUCCCGUCAACUCAGGAUUGACAACGAACGAACUUCGCAGUUGGCAAGAAUGGAGGAGCAUGUGGUAGUCCUGGAAAAGGAAAAAACUGCUCUCGAGGAGGCACUCGUUGCUGCACGUGCUGAGGUGAAGAACCAUGCCGAAGCAGCCGAGGCUGCUCGGCGGGACGCACUUGCUGCGGAGAAGGCCAAGGAAAAUGCUGAAAAAGCUAAAGCUGAAGCCGAAGAGGCCCAGAGGGUUGCCGAAGCUCAACGUGCCCAUGGGAAAGAUGUUGUUCAGCGAUGGCGCACCGCUAUCAACUCCUUCGCAGAUUUGGUGCAAACUGACAUUCACGGCCUGCUCGCGAAGUUCACUAUUGACCCUCCGGAGAUAUCGCAAGAGGAGAACGUCGAAGUGGCGGAGCUCUUCCACUAG